AUGACCGCCGCCAACGGGUUCAUCAUCGGCGAUGGCUCCUGGAACUUGCAGAUAUACGUGUCCGAUCUGCAGGUGGAACGCACGCUCCGGGUCAAAGGCGACUUGCACAUCGGAGGCGUCAUGCUCAGACUGGUCGAAGAUUUAGAUAUCGCUAUGGACUGGUCGGAUCACGCUCUAUGGUGGCCUAAUCGCAAUUCAUGGCUUACCAGGACACGGUCAACGUUGGACCAAUACGGAGUUCAAGCAGACGCCAAGCUGCAAUUUACCAGAAUGCAUAAAACUGCACGCAUCCAGUUGCCCGAUCUCCGGUACGUGGAUAUGCGCGUGGAUUUUUCCAUUAAAACGUUCAACGCCGUCAUACAGAUAUGCAAAGAGCUCAACAUCAGACACCCGGAAGAAUUGUCCCUGAGUAAGCCGCUGGAAGCCUAUCACCUGAAGCACAACAUGAAGGAAAUGCAAUAUAAUGGUGGUCAAACGCCUUCGGCCGAUACCAAUUCAUUUUCCGUAAACAAUCAUAGCCCGGCCGGUUCCACGGGCAGCCUGGACAUGACGUCUUCUUCGCCGUUCAUAUGCGCUCCGCUAAAGCAUCAUUCUACGCCCAUCAGUUCACCGGUGUCUCAAAACGGUACUUGGAAAAAAGGAUACAGUAAACCGGAAAUGAAUGGUAACGUCACGUCAUUGGAAAUGCUGAACGGAUCGCUCGAUACAUCGUUGGCCAACAGCCCGUUUUCGCCAAACCAAGAGGUGCGAAACAAAGUUCUAAAACCCAAAUCGUUGGUGGAAAAAGCUAGAAUGAAUGUAGCAUGGUUAGAUUCUUCAUUGUCGAUCAUGGAACAAGGUGUCAGGGAAUAUGACUUAUUGAAAUUACGGUUCAAAUUCUAUUCUUUCUAUGAUUUAAAUCCCAGGUUAGAUGCUGUGCGCAUCAAUCAAAUUUACGAACAGGCUAAAUGGAGUUUACUUAGCGGAGAAAUCGAUUGUACUGAGGAGGAAGCUCUUAUGUUUGCUGCACUACAGGUUCAAAUAAAUUUAAAAGCAAGUGUGCCACAACCACUUAUUGAGUCGGCCGGUGGAGAUGACGAUAUUGAUGCUGCUUUGUCAGAUCUUCAAAUUACUCUCGAAGGGUUCCAACCUCCCAGCAAUAUGGCCAACUUGAAUCACGCACCAGAAUUAUCCGACUACUUGCGAUUCUUGAAACCCAAGAAAUUUACACUGAAAGCAUUCAAACGGUAUUGGUUCACUUGUCGAGAUUUGCAUUUGAGGAUGUACAAGUCGGCGGAAGAUUUCGAAGUCGGUGCUUUGCCCAUACACAGCGUCAGUCUGAGGGGAUGCGAGGUGACGCCUGAUGUGAACAUAUCACAGAACAAGUUUGGUAUAAAACUGGAAGUGCCAAGUGCAGAUGGCAUGACCGAAAUGUGCAUCAGAUGCGAAAGCGAGGAACAGUACGCUAAAUGGAUGGCCGCGUGCAGACUGGCGGCUAAGGGGCGCCCGUUGUCCGAUCACACUUACGAGUCCGAAGUGAAGUCCAUCAAAGCGUUCCUCGAGAUGCAACACCCGUCGGUCACGCAGUCACCGGUCAUCAGCCCGUCGUCGUUGGACAUUGCCGUCGAGGAUUACGUGCCGCACAGAUAUUCCAAAAAGCUUAAGGGAAAGCUGGUCCAGCGCAUUCUCGAGGCGCACGCGAACCUAAAAGACCUCACUCUGAUGGAAGCCAAGAUGAACUACAUCAAAGCGUGGCAGUCGCUGCCCGAGUUCGGCAUCUCUCUAUUCGUCGUCAAGUUCAUGGGUCACAAGAAAGAAGAGCUCCUGGGAAUCGCGUACAACCGAUUGAUGCGCAUGGACAUCACAACCGGGGAUCAUAUAAAAACUUGGAGAUACAACACGAUGAAGGCGUGGAACAUCAACUGGGAAGUGAAGCACAUGAUGGUGCAGUUCGAGGAGGGCAACAUAAUAUUUGCCUGUCAAUCGGCCGACUGCAAGGUGAUUCACGAGUUCAUCGGUGGGUACAUAUUCUGUUCGAUGCGUUCCAAAGAGGUGAACCAAUCGCUGAACGAGGAACUGUUCCACAAACUGACCGGUGGCUGGUCAUAAACUGAUGCCACGUAGCGCGCCGCGGAGACGAGAGAACGAGCGUCGUCCUCGUCCUUCGUGGUUAUAACAACACACACCCUGUAGACGGGAGCAAACGAGAUAACGUUUUAUAUGUACAUAAUAUUACGCGUGUGUUUACUUAUGUACUUUCUUCCCGUGUUCACCGUACAACCUCGGUGACGGCAAUUCAUUAUGAUAAGUGCAUAAUUUAGGAAAUCUGUUUAUUUCCUUGUUUUAAUUUAAUUUUUUCUUUCUUUCAUAUGUUUUAUUAACAAACGACGUCGAGUAUCUCACCCGCUUAUUGGUAUAUUUAUGUACAACGUUUUAAAAACGAAUAUAUUAUUAUUAUUGUUUAUUUUCGUUGUGUAAUAUUAAAAUAAAA